CAACCCCCCCCCCCCCCUUUGGUUGCUCUUUAAGAAACUCAACAUUUCUCUCUCUCAAGGACUGAUCUUGCUGUCUGCAGCCAUGGCUCCCCUUUGAAAAUCAGUGAGAGAAAGAAAGAAAGAAAGAAAGAAAGAUCAUAGCAAGUUAAUGGAGGUUCAAUCUCCUUCGGUGAAACGCCCCUACGACAUCACCAUGUCAAGAAGAACAAGGAAACAACAAUUUUCGAAUGAGAAACCCAAAUCAGCAGCAAAGGAUGAAAAACUCACACUGGAAACUGCUCAAACCAAUACUAUUGACGAGGUGAAACAAGGUGGCGAGGGUGACCACAAAAGCUUGAAGCAGUUGAUCGUAGGAGAUGACAAUGAAGCAACGAAGGGUAAUAACAGUGAUGAGAGAGGCAAGGGAUCAAGGAACUCGCUUGGUGAACAUUUUACCGAGGAAGAGAAACAACAUCUUCAGCUGGUUCGAAUGCAUCAGAAGGACAACCUCCAAGGUUUGAAGUUCAAGAAGUUGGUGAGUCGUUAUGCCAAAGUUUUGGGGCAUUUGCUGAAGGCUAAGCGUGAUCCUCACUUAGGUGAUGCACCCAAAAAACCUGUUUUCAAGUUAUCAUCCUAGGACAAAUUUUUGGCUGCUGAUUUGCUUCGUCGAUUUUCAUCUAUUUUCUCUCUAUUAUUAUUAUUUUUCUGCCGCCAAAAUACUUAGCUUUCUCCAUCUCCUGUUAUACUCUUGCAUCUCUGUAUCCUUCAUGCAUAUAUAUAUAUAUGGCUUGUAUUUUAUGUAUACUAAUUCUAUCAAUCAAAAUAUGUUCUUAUAAUA